GGCCACGGAUUAAAGCUCCGUCGGACUUUCCCUCGCGAUUGCCGGCCUUCUUCACGACCAGAUCGACGACGGGGACGACCGGAUCUGCCUCGCCACCUUUGUUUCUGCCUUGCCUAGCAGCACCGCGCAUAUGCCCCACCUCCCCAGCCAGCGCAGCCGCCCCUCCGUGUCGAGUCCUGUGCUGGCCACGCCCGCCGCCUGCCCAGCACCGCUCUCCCGUUGCCUUAAACAAUCCAGCUCCACCACUAAUCCAUGCCCCUGCCCCGCGACUGAAGAGGAUCAGAAGCACAAGCUGCUAGCAUAGCGGUGUGCAGGGGGAGGCCUUGAGCAGACAGGUGACUGCGCCGCUGGGGCUGAUAUGAGGCACAUCUGCAGGCAGCAGACUGUAGGCAAGAGGCACAUGGCAGUGUGGCGAGAUGGUCGGUGGCUUGCUGCUGUUGCGAGUGGGCUACCUAGAAGAUGGACACGAAGAAUAUGGUGCCAGAAAUGGCAAAGGGGAAGGCAGGGAGUGGUAAAGUGAAAGAUUUGACAAGAUACUUUGGCUUAGUAUACGAGAUAUAGAUGCUCCACAAUAUGUGUAUGGUUGCAUAACUCUUGGCUCUCCUAAAUCAGCCUUAGAUCACAUGAAGUUUGUGAUAAGAUCGGAUUUGAGGUGUAUUUAUAACGAUCACAUAAAUGAAAGGCUACAGGAAGAUUUUGGAAAUGGCAAUGGUGUCAACAAAGACAUGAGACAAGAGCUUGGACUGGCGGCAUGGACUGAAAAAUCGUCCCAACCAUCUUGGACACCCAGGCAGGUGUUGCGAGCUAUGAUGCCCGAGGGACCCGCCGAGAAAAUGGGGUUCGACAUGAUGAUCAAGGAUGCGCAGGAAACAGAGAAACCGAAUAUUAUGUUUGCAAGACGGUUAUCAUAUAUUCUAAUUCAGACACAAGUGAUGAUACAACAAUGCUCUUCGCCAAAUUCCAAUUCAGUCGAGCGUAUCUUAGCUUGGGAGCAUGCCCGUGCAACAGUUAUUGUCAUCUUCAUGCCCCAUAUAAGUUGCUUCUGUCAUGCAUAGAAGACAAAGACGCCACCUAGAGCAGCGACACGCAUAGUGAGGUCAUUGCCCGACACAAUUUUUCUUUGAGCUGCCUGGAGACUUGCUUUGAGCUGCUAGGAGACAUCCAGUGUUGGUGUAUUCUCCCUUCAUUGCCCUGUUUUUUCAGUGAAAAUCUGAACAUAUGUAGUUGAUUUCCAAUAUUCGAUCGGCCUGCAAUAUUUUUUGACUUAGCUAUUUGUACAUAGUACGAGCUUGAAUAUUGAAUAAGCAGAUCUAUUAAAUAUAUGAAUAGAAUUUUGUGCAUUAGUUUGUAUGUGCAUUUGCACACAUGCAUAUGAUUAUUCAGGUCAGAUUUGUUACGUGCUCUGUUUGCCACCAAAGUUAGGUGCACCUUCUUAUUUUCAGAUUAUGAUUUGAAGUCUUUUUUGAAUAUCCUAUUUGUAUUUGGUGGAUUGUAUCUAUAUACUAUGUUAACAGGAGAUGUAACCUCAUUUAUUUUCACAUUAAUAAUAAGUGCCUCUUCAGUAUAUCAAAACAAUCUUUCUCUAUGGGGAGCCUGCAGUUUGUGAUGUUCGUAAUUUUUCUUUGGGCAAAUACACUACAGAAAAAGCAUUCCAUGCUGAGCACCCUGAAAAGGCAGAUAUGUACUCGGCAUAGUGUUUGCUGAGUGUAAAACUCUAUGAAGUGGACCGGGCAUACACCUAGCAUGGUGUUUACAGCAUGUAUUUGUCGGUUUUUUAAUGGAAUGUUAAGAUUCUUAUGUUCAACUAUAAUUUAUCUCCGAAAGCCAAUUAUAAAAUAUUUAU